GAAUAGUCGUUGUUUCCAUCUUGGAUCAUCGGCUGCAGCAAGUUACUCUUGAUGGCAAUGCCAGGAGGACAUCAUUGGAACAUCAAAAAUAACCUUGGGCAAAAUGAAACCUGCUCAUGUUGUGGCUGGAUAUAUACACAAUGUGUUGUGGCUAAUGGAAUACCAACCAGCUCUAACUGAACACCUGAUACAGGUGUUGGUUCAAAAACUGCUCAUUCUUGAUGUGAAUGCACCACGAAGUGAAAUUGAAGAAGCUGAAUUUGAGGAAGAAAACGAAGACGACAUGGAUGAUGAUGAAGAUAUUGACGAGGAAAUGUUUAAAAUGGAAGAUGCAACAAGAACCACAACAACGACGCCACAAGAAACUCGUGAAAUUCUAUCAAUGACCCAUCCAACCGCCCAUACUUUUGAUAUAUGUAUGGAAAAGAUGUAUUCAUUCUUUGAUCAAUUCAAUCCAAAGAAAGAACUAAUUGGAGAUGAAGGUGAUAAAAUCCUCAAAACACUUUCUCAUGCUCUGGAGUCAUAACACGCAUCAUGUACAAUUUUUAGUAUUUUAUUCUUGUAGUUUUAAGAAUAUCCUUGGAGAGAAAUUUCUUGAAUUUCUUUGGAAUAAAAUGAAAGAUCCCAAUAAAUUGGCAAUAAUACGGAUUAAAUCAUCAAUGUCUGACGAUGAGCACAUUGAGCCUUUAGUCCAGCUACACUUGGUCUACAUCGUGUCGGUACCUUGCCACCUCCAAAACCUCAAACCUCACAACCAAUUCAAAUGUUAAAUGCUCGUGGAAUGCCCGUUCGCGUUCGAAAACGUAAUCGUC